UGGCAACGACAGCGCCUCCACCGCCAGCAGCCCGCACUGUGUUGACCCAGCCCGCUUUGGCAAACAGUUUUGAGACGCUAGUGGGCACACCGCCGUCGCUGUUUUUCGCCUGAUGAAGCGGGGAUUCCGUUGAAAUGAGUCCGAGGAAGAGACACGUCCUGCUGCUGUGGAUGCUCGUCUGCUCCUGCGCGACGGAGGCGAUCGAGCCCAUCAGCACCAGCAUAGCGGUUGGCAUGGCUGCGGCUCUGACCGGCUUUUUGGCCAGCUACCAGAACAUCUUCUACUAUUUCCACGAGUGCUGUCGACCCGAGUGGAUUUCUUUUAACAGGACAGGCCUCCAGGUCGACCUGGAAAGCAAACUGUUCGGACAGCACAUCGCGUCACGCAUCAUCCUGAAAGCUGUGACCGGAUUCAUGAACAACGACAACCCCAAGAAGCCCCUGGUGCUCUCUCUGCACGGAUGGACCGGCACCGGGAAGAACUUUGUUAGUCAGCUGAUUGCUGAUAACAUUUACAAAGAGGGAAUGGACAGCAGCUUUGUUCAUAUUUUUACAUCUGAACUCCACUUCCCACAUUUGAGUCAUUUUGAUACCUACAAGUCUCAGCUCCAGCAGUGGAUCAAAGUCAACGUCACCAACUGUGGACGCUCCAUGUUCAUCUUUGAUGAGAUGGACAAGAUGCAACCUGGCUUGAUUGACAGCAUAAAACCGUACCUUGACUACUACGAAAAGCUGGAUGGAGUUUCUUAUCGGAAAGCCAUCUUCAUCUUCCUCAGCAAUGCUGGAGGGGAUGGCAUCAUACAGGCCGCGUUAGAUUUCUGGAAAGCAGGACGAGAUCGAGAUGAGCUCGAGCUAAAAGAUCUGGAAACCGUGCUCUCUGUAUCAGUGUUCAACAACAAGAAAAGUGGUUUGUGGCAUACGAGUUUGAUCGACAAGAACCUGGUGGACUUUUUCGUCCCCUUUCUGCCGCUGGAGUACCGGCACGUCGUCGAGUGCGCCAUGGCCGAGAUGAAAGCCAGAGGAGUUCGGCCCGACCAGAACGUGGCGCACCAGGUGGCCAAAGAUGUAGUGUAUUUCCCAAAAACUGAGCGAGUGUUCUCGGUCAAAGGAUGCAAGACGAUAUCCAGCAAGUUGGACUACUACACAUAAUGUCGGCAUCCGAUGGACGCCGCAUUCGAUCAAAUUGUGCACUUUUAAACAACAAAAAAAAAAAAAGAAAGAAAGAAGGAAAAA